GCCGUUUCUUCUUCUUCUCUCAUAUCAACGACGGGGGCCCGCUGUGUCGUCACAUCCGGAGGGACGGUUUGCAGUUCGCGCACGAAACGAACAACAUUGUAAUAUUGACUCCAGUUUCAGAAAGGGUUUCAUACUGAGCAGUGAGCCAUGGCCAACCCACAAAUUGAAAUGCUAGCGAAGGCUCUGGAGCAGUCGGCCAAGUUGGUGGAGGAUCAGUUGGAUGCACAGAUGUCCAAGCUGAAUGAGUUGGAUGAAGACGACAUGGAGAGACUGAAGGAGAGGCGAUUAGAGGCACUUAAGAAAGCCCACAAGCAGAAGCAGGAGUGGUUGUCUAAAGGCCAUGGGGAGUACAGAGAAAUCUCAAGUGAGAAAGAUUUUUUCAGCGAGGUCAAAGACACCAAGAAUGUCGUCUGCCACUUCUACAGAAGUUCCACCUUCAGAUGUAAGAUCCUCGACAAACACUUGACCACCUUGGCAAAGAAGCACGUUGAGACCAAAUUCAUCAAACUGAAUGUAGAAAAGGCCCCGUUUCUGACGGAGAGGCUGCGGAUCAAGACCAUUCCCACGCUGGCUUUGCUGAUUGAUGGGAAAACAAAGGAUUACGUGGUUGGAUUCACUGACCUGGGAAACACAGACGAGUUUCCCACAGAGAUGCUUGAGUGGCGACUUGGUUGUGCAGAUGUUAUCAACUACAGUGGAAACCUGAUGGAGCCUCCCACAGUGAAGCAGAGGUCCGGCACAAAGUUCACAAAAGUGGAGAAGAAAACCAUCAGAGGAAAAGCUUACGACUCGGACUCAGAUUCCGGAGAUGACUAAAAGAAAUCAUUGACAGCCGUCUGGUUUUCUCUCUCAGGGCUACCUCAUGAAACACAAAAGUCCAGCUGACAGCCCGCUUUCAUUUUUCUUCUCCCGUUCCCUCUCCUCUCCCCUCAUCUCAGUGUCUUACCUCGUCAUUACAAACAUCCAUGUUUUGAUUUACCAGAUUUCCAAUCCAAUUAUUUUAUUAAAGCAUUCGUCAUAUUUUUGCCACCACCCUCAAUGAAUUGUCUGCCAUUUUUUUUGUUAAAAUAAUAAUGACAUAGUGAGGUCUAACAGUCAGAGACAACUAGUCAGGAAACUUCCUUCUUGCAUUUGUUUCAACUUUGAAUACUAUUCGGUCUAUUGUCUAAUCAAAAGACAAAAAAAAUAAAUAAAACAAAUAGAAAAUGAGCGAUUUUCAAUGUAGUCUCUCGUCUUUUGGACUCCACUAGUAUACAUUCACUUCAACACAGACAUUACACAUCCGACUGAAGAGGAUGUGUCACUGCCCCAGUCGUCUAUCAAAAAGCUCUUUGCUUUGCUGUUGAUUUUGUCUCUUCAUUGGCUGAGUUCUUAAAACUAUCUUGAAUUACAGGUUUGCUCAUUUAGGUAGUUCUUUAUUUCCUUGUAACUGCCUCAAGUUAGAACAGAAAUCAUAAUUCAUGUGUGCCAAGAUGAUCUUUUUGCAUCAAAUGACAUGUCCUUGUAGCAAGAGUGACUCAACUACUGCAAAUAAUAAAAGUAGUAAUUGAAAAAUC